AAUUAGAGUAGCGUCGGUUAUGGGCAAGCCACGCCCCUUUAUGGCCUUCUAGCCCCGCCCCUCGCUCCCAUUGGCUGAGCCCAGCACCCCCGCCAGGCCCCGCCCCCUUCCCCGGCACUUCCAACAUGGCGGCUCCGCGGUGGCGGCGGGGCCGGGCCCGGUAGUUCCCGGUGGUUCCCGGAGGAUCCCGGGGGUUCCUGGGGCUUUCCGGCAGAUCCCGGCGCCCCGAUGGGGCCCGGCGGCCUCACGGUGCUGCUGGCGGUGCUGAGCGCGGUGCCGGGCGGGCUGCGCCCGGCGGCGGCGGCGGCGGCGGCGGCGGCGGCGGCGAGCGAGGAGCGGCCCGCGAGCCCCGCGGUGGCCACGCCGUGCUGGCGAGUGGAGCAGUUCGUGGUUGCCCAGGAGUGCACGCGGUGCUCCGGCUUCGAGAUGAAAACGAUCCCGGCCUGCGGCCCCACCGGUUUCAUCGAGAAGAUCAACUGUGCCUCGUCCCACCGGGAUGAGUACAAGAGCUGCCGCUCGGCCGCGCUGGAGGCGCAGCGCUUCUGGCGCUUCGUGGGCUCGGCUCUGGCCGUGGCGGCGGCGGCGGCGGCGCUCGUGGUGCUGCGGCAGCGCGUGCUGGACCGGCGGGCGCUGGAGAAGGUCCGCAAACAGAUCGAGUCCAUUUAGCCGGCGGCUCCCGAGGGCCGGGAGCCGGGAAUUCCGCUGGCCCGGAGCGGCGGGAGGAGGGGCAGCUCUGCCUGGCUGCCCGGACCGGGAACGCUGCUGGGAUCUGCCUUGGGAUAGCAUCCAGGGGAUGCCCCGCGGCGGGAUGUGGGAUAAACCCUGGUCGCUGCUCCGGAGUGGGGGAAAUCCCCGUCCCCCCAGCACUGGGAUCUGCUCUGGGUGUCCCCAUCGCUCCAGGAGAGGGGUGUGGAAUAAAUCCUGGUCGUGGUUCCUGGGGUGAUGCUGUGUUUGUUUCCUGGGGGAUCCCUGGUGCCUCCAGCAUGGGAUCUACCCUGGGAGCAUGCUGAGAACCCCCAGGAACCCAGCCCAGGAGUGGAAUGUGGAAUAAAUCCUGAUCCAUGUGGCUGGA